AAGGCAGCCCGGAAGUGCAGUAACCGGCGGUCGAACGGGGACGCACAGACGCGCCUCCAUGAACUUUACUCUGAGAAAAAUGGUCGUGGCGGGUUUGUUUUUCGUUCCGCUUCUUUUGUGUUUGCCGUUGAACUCUUCGGCAAACAGGAACGAGCAGAGGAACGAGCAGAGGAACGACAGGCCCAUCGUCGGAGUCCUGGCUCAAGAGGUUUAUCUUCCUCAACGGAACGAAACGUCGUACAUCGCCGCCUCGUACGUCAAGUUCCUGGAGGCAGCAGGAGCGAGAGUCGUCCCCGUCACGAUAAACCAGACACUCGAGGAGUACAAGACUCUGUUCAACUCCAUCAAUGGGAUCCUCUACCCGGGCGGAGGCGUCAGCAUCAUCUCCUCUGGAUAUCAACGAGCUGCGAAAAUCUUUUAUGAGCUCGCUAUCGAGGCGAACCAGAGGGGCGAUUAUUUCCCCGUGUGGGGAACCUGUCUGGGAUUCGAGCUGCUGAGCUAUUUGACGAGUGGAAAGACAUUACUGACGUCGACCAAGACGAGUGGCGUGUCGCUGCCUCUCAACUUCACCGACGAAAGCAAAGACAGCCGGAUGUUUAAAGGCUUCCCAGCGGAACUCAUGAAAGAUCUGGCCACUGAGCCGCUGACGGAAAACUCUCACAAGUGGAGUUUGGCGUUGUUGACCUACGACACAAACGAGGAGCUGAAGAAGUUUUACAAAGUCCUCUCCACGAACACGGAUGGAAACAUUGAGUUUGUGUCAACAAUGGAAGCGUACGAUUUCCCAAUUUAUGCAACACAGUGGCAUCCAGAAAAAAACGCAUUUGAAUGGGGGAGGCCUUAUAUUCCACACACUCCAUCGGCAGUCAAGACCACCUUCUACAUGGCCGAAUUCUUUGUCAGCGAAGCCUCGAAGUCCGCGUGAGAGCUGACGCUUCAGAGGAGCUGGUCCAUCCGGCUGCGAGGGGAGACCCGUUCCUGUUUCCUUUCAAUCGAUCGGUACAUUCCAAAAAAUCGCCGUGUCAAGUCGUGGGUCUUUGUUGGCCCGCCGGAGGAGGGGCCUUUCCGAUUCAAACCGAGGAAGGUGGGAUGGACGUCGGAGGGGAUCCGUCGGCUGCUGGAAGGGCAGUCUCGGGAUUCGACGGGUGGAACGCGGGGAGGGAAGUCCGAAUGCAAAACAAAAUGGAAAGAGCGGAUAUCGUGGACUGUCGGGCGCCAGUGUCGCGGCAGAUGACCGGAUGAACGGCGGGGAGGCCCGGGGGGGGGGGCCUCGACAGGGCCGAGCUAACCCUCGUCUUCGCUCUCCUCCUCCAGGGCCUCCUCGAACACCCGCUCCGGUAGCCGGAAGCAUUCCUCGAAGAAGUUCACCAGCGACUGGCUGAGGUGCUGCCGCGUUGCCUCGCUGUGGAUGAAGUGGCCUUCGUCUGGGUAGAUCUGGGACGCAGAGGGCAAGCGGAGAACAUGAUAUCGCACAAGUUUGAGUUCUUAGACAUGGGCCAGAGUCAGAGGGAUCACCGUACCAUGACAUGGACAACCAGAAGCAAAACGAUAGAUGGUCUACAACUUAAUCCCUAAUGGAUGCAAAUGCGUUCUCAUUCUACAAAACUCUAAACUUUGUUUUGUGUUCAUGGGGAAACCGACCUGAGAGUAAAACCAGUUCCCGUACAUGAGAUUGUAAAACUAUUUGCAGUUUUCAUAACUUUGCCUUUGUACACCGCCACAACUGAAAGUAGAUGAUCCAGAAUUCUCUCCCCGCUGAAGAAAGACCAUCCUCACAACAUCCGGGCAGGUCAGGUGUAUCAUCGACAGUGUCUAGGAUCCAUUAUUAAUGUAAACACAAAAGGGUUUACCACAAGGUGUCAGCCACGGGUUAUUCUAGAAACCAAAAUGAACUUGUACUACAAGCGUGGGAAUAGAACAGUAAACCACCAGAUCAUGUGAUAGAAGUGGGAGGAUGAACUCUUAUACCGUAUAUUUGUUAAGUAUGUCAAGUUCUUUUCAAAUCUAUGACAGUCUUCACUUCAAUCGCAUCUUGAUCACGCAACCAUUUUAUCUUCCUCUUACCGUUAUGUUUCUUUUGUUGAUCCCCAAGAUUUGGGGUUUGUAGGACCUCAGGCAACGCUGCAAAUAUUGAUUACCAUAAUAUUUUUGGAUUAAUUGGUCCAUAAAAUUUCAUAAAAUAUGUAUAACUUUUUAAAAAGAGCUCAAAUUCUAGUCGUGCUUUGUCCAUGCGGGGGAUUGGACAUUUUUUAUCAUUUUUUUUAUUAAUUCAGCUCCGGUGGGACUUCAUUUUGUGGAGUGUGAUCUUAACACAGAUCUUUAUUGACUCAUUGUGUCGACUCGUGUCGACCUCAGACCUCCUGGAGGCGACUGGGGGAACCAGGUGACCGCUCCGCCGGUCAGUAAUGAGCUCCGGCGAACGCUCGGCUGCAGUUCACACCGCGCCUCUUAAUUGGAUUAGCGCUGGUGUUAGCGCAGGACGCCCCCACGAAGGUCUGGUAAUCUCAUUAUGUGGAGAUGAAGGCAUUGCUGAGGGUUUAAUCCACCGCUGCGAUCCGCUGAGCCCCCGACGGCGGCAGAGGAACUGGAUGUGCGAGACCACGUACCUGUAAGGUGUAGUUGGCCUUUUCAUUGAUGAGCUGCGCGAUGAACUUCGCCGUGUGUUGGAAAUGAACCUUUUCUGUAAAAACGCAACAACACAGACGCCAAGACAUCACGGUUUCGUAUUACUUUCGUGUCAUUUUAGUUUGAACAAUAACUCUUGACGUACCGUCAGCUGUCGGGUGGAUGAUUAGAAACUUCUUGUCCAUGAACUGAGAUGCUCUGUGAGCUAAGUUCGCCAUCUGAGGAGUAAAGACAGACGCACGCAAAUCGACUGGAUCAAUAUGACAAUAAUUUAUCUCAGCUGGAAUUUUGAAUUACAACAAUAAGCAAUCGGAUCUUACUGCGUACGCCCUCGGAUCAGGUUUGGGCAGUCCGAGGUAUCGCUCAGAAAACGCCGAGGCUGAAGGUGGAAGAAGGAUUCGGAUUAUUACUUAUCGUCACAUUAAUAACAGGAGUGACGCGUUUUUUUUCUCCCCACAUUCAAAUAUAUUCCCCCAUCCACAUGUUCUUAAGUCUCCGAGCCAUCGCGGACCGUCCUCGUUUGCAAUUCCAGACUCGCACAGUGUCGUGUCUCGUGUCUCGGCCCUUCCGGCACUGCGAGAGAAAUCAAAACAGAUGAGAAAUUCGUCCCGCCGCGGAAAAACCCCCCCCGCCAGCUCCUCCUUAAUUUGCAGUUUCCCAGCUCUUGUGAAUCUUGACAGCUACAAGAACCCGUCUGUCACUCACACAAUUCUGCUUUUCACACAUUUCUAUUUCCUUUCGGCGGCCGAUGGUGGCGAUCUCUGUUCGAUUGGCUUGUCGUCGCAUCGGCGCCGUCGUGCUGAUGAGGUGAACGCGCUCGACGGAAGUAACCCCCGGCUGCAGGGGUGGAGGCUAGGUUUGCAAUCUCUCCGUCAUCUCCCGUCUCUUGAAUACUUUCUGACAACCUGAACGACGACGCAGAGGUUCUGUGUGCGUUUGCUUUCACUGGCGUGUGAGCGGAUCUUAUGGCGCGUGAGCGUCCUCACUCACCGUACAACUCGAAGUCCGUGAUGGGCGACAGGACAGCUCCGCAUUUCACUGGCGUCUCCUCGCCGCUGACCAACAAGCUGGUCACGUAUCCCCCGUAGACCUGACGCACACGAAGACACGUGUAUAUUUGAUCACACACACACACACACACACACACACACACACACACACACACACACACACACACACACACACACACACACACACACACACACACACACACACACACACACACACACACACACACACACACACAGGCCAUAAUAGGUUUAUUCUCACCUGUCCAAAAGCUCCAACUCGGGUUUUGUCGACGUACGGCUCUUUCAAAAGAAAACUGCAACAGAUAAACAUCGGCGCUGGUCAGGGAGACACCUUGUGUUUCGACUUUGGAAUCGCACGUCAUUUAGACAACAUGUUUUUAAAUUAUGCCAACGCUUCUGUAUGACUUUGAAAGACAUGUUGAAAAGUGAUGCACCGUUAAGGAUUCUUAGGAAAAUGGAGUUAUUAAAUCCUCAUUUUGAAGUAUGACAGUGACGCCACAGUAAUGAAAGAGAGGACAGAAUAGAAAUCUAAAGGUUUAGGCCAAACUAAUCUGAAUGUAUCUGGAAAUGGGCCAGUUCAUUUUUACUGAGUGAAUGUUCUUUUCUUUGGGGAAGACAUGUGGCGUCACGUAAAGACAGUUAUCAUUUCAUAAGACGGCCGAAUGUGGACAAAUUCACAUCCGCAGUACAAAAGCUACUGUGAAACUGCUCUGGAUCUGAGCUCAGUGAGAUGGUCGAUCGUGCGGAUGAGCUUCUCCUGUAAUGUACGUUUUCUUUCUCUAUCGCAGCCAAACAGCCGCUCAUCCCCUGUAUACUCUCUAUUAUCUUCUCAGGAUUGUCCAAUCUCCCUCCCCUGAACAACAUACUUGAGCGCGUCCUUCUGAUCUUGCUCCUCGAACGCGCCCAGUUUCUUCUGGAUGCGGUGCAGCAGGUUGGUGCCCUGGAAGCCGCUGCCCCGGCCGUCGCACCGCACCACCACUACGCCGAAGCUGCUCACCAGCACCGUGGCCCAGUCCAGGUGGAACUGCUCCGACACCGUCUGACCACCGGGGGUCCCGUCGCUGCGCGGGAACAGGGCAGGAUACACACAUGCGAUCAAGGCUCUGACGUGAAACGCUUUCAAUUGAAGUCGCAGAACAACAUCUGGGACCCCGUGGGAACUUCUCCUUUCAAUGACAUUCAGGCGGUAAUCGCUGCGUCUGAUUAAUAUGCCUGAUUAAAAGGGUCGCGUCCCCACGUGGCUCGGGAGAGAAGUGCGGCUCUGAUUCCGCAAACACAAACGUCAGCGCGUGAACGAAGGUGCUCAUACGUACACGAGCAGCAGCAGCGGGUAGUGGCACGUGUCCAUGAAGCCGGCGGGUUUGAGGAUCUGCAUCGGCAAAGCUGCGACACAAUAAACACACUUUCGUUUAGCAUGUUCACUUAUUUCAUACCUUCUUUUUUUUUUUUUUCGCUGCGGCAGAUUUGAGUUGCAGAUUGAAAUUAUAAUUAAAACAUCACAGACUACAGGAGUGGUUAGAAAAAAGGAAUGACACCAGUUAAAUAUGAUCUAAUCUUCGUCUCACUCUCACGAACAAGACAACACACAAUAUGCUUAAGAUAAUAACGUAGUACCAUCGUCUUCAUAUAUAUAUUAUCUUAUAAUCUUUGGGGUUUUUAUUGAACACAUCCAUUAAACAUCGACAGCCCCGGUGCACCCUGGGAUUUAAUAACUGGUCGAAACUCCUUGGAGCAGCAAUAACUUCAACUGUUCUCUUCCAGCAGCCGUGGAUCAGAACCGGUUCACUGUAGACGACCUCUCCUCUGAACUUUAAGAUUAGACAGGAUCAAAAACUGAUUUGCCUGUUGAACUGAUUCAUACGUCAACUCUGAGGUUAUUUGUUAUUAUAUUUAUGCAAAUCGGCAAUACGAUCUCUCUUUAGCCAGGUUCACAUGAUGUCAUUAGCUUCAGGGUUCAUGUACUUUCUCCAACCUACGUCAUCAAUGUUUGAAUGAUGUAUUAAAUAUCGAAUAGAACGAAACAACGAUCUCUGGGAUGCUGGUAAAAAUAUAAAUUGUUCAUUAUUGUAACUCGGAUGAAGAAGCGACCACAUUUAAAGACAAAUUUAUACACAAACGCAGAUAAUUCCAAUGGUUUCCCUCACUGUUAUUUUUUAUUGUGCAGUAUUGUAUUUGCUCGCUCGUUUGUGUUUGUGUGACACGUACUGUAAUCAUCCAUGUUGAUCUCCUUGUACUCCACCGUGGGCAUCUGCAUGGAGUCCAGGGUCAGUCUCAGGUUCACGUUGCUCUCCAGUUUGUGAACUUCCGUGAUACCUGUAGAUGAUGAUGUGAAUAAAGGAUUUCUUUGUUACAA